AUGGACAUCCUUGAGCAUGCCGCCAAUCACAUUUACGAGUAUAUCGACAAGCAUGGGCCUAUCCUUCGCCAGUGGGGCGUUAGCAAUGCCACGAUCGCCAUGCUGUCAACUCUCCAUGACGGCAGUUGGUUCUCGUUUGGAGAUCUCGAGUCCGUUGUGCGAUACGGACUUGGUGGCCGCCAAGGCUGCAAGGUAGGGGCGGCGAUUUUUAAUGCAGCGUAUGAUAUAUCGUUAUUGCUUGUUCGCCAGUGGCUUGAGCAGGCCGGGGUUGCAAUUCGAUUGCGUAUUUUUUCGGAGGCGUUCUUUUCAAGGGAGGUUCCGAGGAGGAUGCGGGGUAAGCAGGCGCCUCCAGGGCAGCCCCCCCAGACAGUAACUGACGCUGCGUUUAUUGACGACGAACGCAUCGUCACAAUGGCUCCUACUGCUGCGCGACUGCGUGCUGCCAUGGACACAGUUGUAGUUGCGCUGGCUAUAGUAUUUUCGGAUUUCGGGCUCAAUAUUAAUUGGAGCCCUGGAAACACGGAAGGAAUGGUGCACGUUAUGGGGUACGGGGCGGGACCCAUGCUUCGCGCUCUCACCCACCCCGACGGCCGUUACCUCCACGCUCCUUCCGCGAAGGGCCUCCCAGCGCAGAAAUUAAUUUUAGUUGAUCGGUACAAACAUAUGGGCGGAAUCGUCCAGAUCGAUCGGGGUUUAGGUGUCGACGCGAGGCACAAGGCUCAGCAGGCCCUCCAUGCGUAUGGCCCCAUAGCCCGCCGAGUCUUUGGGAGCCCCGUCGUGUGCGACUGGCUGAAGUUCUCAUUGUUGCAGUCGCUGAUUCUUAGCUGCCUCCUCUAUUCUGCUCACAUUGUAGCGCCGACCAGAGGGUAUAUACGCACGCUCCAAAGCCCCGACAUGCGGGUGCUGAGGAAAAUGUGCGACGACAGUCGAUACCGGAAGCCAUAUUUUUCUGACCUAGAAGUCCGACGUCGGAUGCAGCAGCCGUCGAUCGAUUGCAUUUUGCGGCGCGCUAGGCUCAGGCACGGCGCCCGGCUUGUAAGAAACAGGCCUGCCGCUCUUUUCGCCCUCCUGGGCGAUAGACCCCAGGCCAACUCGAGGGCCCGAGGGGGGCGUGACCGCGUCGAGCCCCUGCCGCGGGUCGAUUUUUUCAUCAGCGACCUCGCUUGGCUUAGGGAGCAUUCGUGUGUGCCUGCUUUCUGGGACCUUCCUGAUCCAGCUGUCUGCGCCGAGCCUUGGUGCGAGCAGAUGGCUUGUGCCGAGUGGGGUGAUCGCGUCCCGCCGAUCUUUUUCGUCGGGUCUAUCGCCGAUCCCCCUUCGAAGUGUGGCCCCGCCCCGCUCCAACCUUUUGAGUGCGAGGUGUGUCAUGCCUCAUUUGCAACAUAUUGUGCGCUCGCAUCGCACCAUACGUCAGCACAUAAGAAGCGCAGAGCAUUUAACGAGUACGUGGGUGAUACGUCCACUUGUCCGGUGUGCCAGCAUGUGUACUCUUUUUUCGUCUACACUUCCUCAAGAAUCUUGCCAGGAGUAGGUGUGGACCUCAACUAA